UAGUGGGUUGGUGGAUAAGAAAGAGACAGAGACCUCGUCCUGAUCGUCCCCAAUGUGUUCCAGCUUGUUUUUUAUCUCAUUCAGUCUUCUCUCCCAGAUCUCACCGUCGUCGUUCUCGAUCACCGGCCGCCUGCAUGCGUCUUUCGAUCGGAUCCCCUGCCAAUGCGCAAGGAAAGGAAGAAACAACUAAUUAACCAACCCAUGCUUCGUUGUUAUACUUUUUCUAGGUCGAUCGUAUAGAAAAGCUCGUCCCGCCCCGCGCGCGUGGUAAGCAAGCACUUCUUCCGAGCUAAAAUAUAUAGCGAUGAUGGGCUACAGAUACUCAUCAUGAUCGUGCGUGCGUGGAUGCUGCUUGAGAAGCCUCAAUUGACACUAUAGCAGCUACAGUCAUUGUCGACGGCUAGGUCCCGCAAAAAAAUAAGCUACAAUUUAUUUGUCCACAGCAAAGUCGCUAUAAAAAUAGCCGCGCCGACCGAGCUAGGGCCGCCGGAUCCAUCCAGCUCCAUGCAAGCGGACCACCCGGCCGGCCCCAUUAUAUUGGACGAUCGAUGCAGUCAGUACUCGAACAUAGUGACUGAGUGGCCCGCAGCAGCUCUAGCGCAAGGACGACUGCAGCUACACUGUUUGUUUGUUCAAGAAAGCCUGUAGGAUCGAUCGGAUCGGAUCGGAUCGGACAGAGCGAGCUAUAGCUAGCUAGGGCUAGCUAGCUAGAUGGCGAGGCUACGCCUGGCGGUGGUCGCCGUCGCCCUGGCCUUGUGCUGCUGCCUCAUGAUCCACGCGCCGACGACAGGUGCCGCUGCUGCCGCCGACGACGCCUCGUUUCCUCCUGGACUGGAGGUGGCGGCGCAGCAGCAGGAUACCCGAGUGGCGGCUCCGCCGCCGUCGUCGUCGCCGGGCGCACAACACCAUCAGGAGGCCGCCGGCGGCGCCGUAGCUGCGGAGGCGGCGCCCGUCGGGAGGAAGAGGACGGAGCUGGAGCUGGUGGAGGACUACCCUGGCUCCGGCGCCAACGACCGCCACUCGCCGUGGGCACAGAAGCGGAGGAACUGAUCGUCGAUCUUGAUCCACGAUCGAUCGAUCGAGUCACCUCUCUGGAUUUUUUUUUUUGGUUCCACACGCACAGCAGUUUCGUAUGCAGGGCGUUUCGCUACUGUAGCUAUAUAGUAUGUACGGCUAUACGAUUAUACAUCGUAUUUGUACUUGUAUAUUAUUACUAUAUGCGUACGCUGUCGCCGCGUGUCGGACCAUGCCUCCGUGAUCCGUGGAGCGAAUCAUACGGCGGAAUACUAUACUAUGGCACUGUGCUCGAGUGAGUAGCUAGUCUGCACGAAUUAGGGCCUGUUUGUUUGGAAAUGCAGUUUUAAAACAUUAUAGUUUUAAGAUA